AUGUCCAUCUACAGGGCCAACGCGCGGCGCGGCCACAAGUUCCUGCUCUCGGACCUCAUGUUCGGCUUCUCCAUGGUCCGCGUGGCAACGUGCGCCUUCCGCAUCGCCUGGGUGUUUGCCCCGCUCAGGGGCAUCAUCUUGGCGGCGGUAAUUUUGCAGAAUAGCGGCGCCGCUGUGGCCUUUGCGGUAAACAUCAUCUUCGCUCAGCGCAUCGCGCGGUCCCUCCACCCGCGGUUCGGCUGGCGCAGGGACUUUAGCAUCUUCACCAACGCCGUGACCAUCUCGGUACCGCUCAUAAUACUCGAGCAGAUCGGCAGCACCAUCGCCUUCUUCUUCAGCGUCGGCGACCCGGCCCGGCUCAGGAUCUUCCAGACCCUGCUCAAGUUCGGCGUGUCCUACGUCAUCUUCCUGGGAGGGCUGCCGCUCGUCAUGCUGGGCGUCGCCGACGGCAUCCCGGGCCCGCUGCCGGAACCGUUCGGCACGGGCGACUGGCGGCUCAAGAAGUCGGUCGUCAUGGUGGGUGGCCUGCUCCUCCUGACGGGCGCCGCCGUCCGGCUCGCCGUGGUCCUGAACCCGGAGUCACCGUUCGCCAUGAGUCCGCUCUUCAGCAAGGCCACCUUUUACACGACGCAGUCCGCGCUCGAGCUGCUCGUCAUCGUGCUCUACGCUGCCACGCGCGUCGACCUGCUCUUCCACGUGCCCGACGGCAGCUCGCGCCCGGGCGACUACUCAGGCCGCAACGCCGCCGCCGACAGCGGCAAGCGGCCCGUGGUGACGCGCGGCGACGUCGAGGACACCCUGCACGGCCUCGGCGUGCCCUACGAGAUCGUCCGCCGGGGCCGCCGCAGCACCCUCCGCCCCACCCCGGACAAGGCCGUCGUCUACGCCGUGCUGUACGCCGACGAGCCCGGCGCCGGCAGGAGGAGCAGCGCCGGCGGCGGGCAGGAGGAGCCAGCAGAGCCGGUGCCGGCGGUUCCGGGGGUGACUCGCGGCGCCGGCACGCGCAGCGAAGCAGCCACGGUUCACCAGCUGGGCGAAAAGCAGACUGCCUACAGGGGCUCGGACUGGGACUACGACGACGAGGCAGACAGUCCGCUGACCGUCGGCAUGCGCAGCGUCCCCGCGCCGCCGCCGCGGGCCAGGACCCGGCCGCGGGCGCAGGAGCGGCCCGACUCGGACACGUACACGUCGCCGAGCGAGAAGGAGGGCUACUACUACGACGACGGCGGCGACGACGAGAUGGUCCCGGGGCCCGUCGGGUACGCGUACCCGGACCUGCCGCCCCGCGCCGCGCCCGUGUCGCGCCGGACGUCUAUGCUGGCGGCGAUACGGCCGCGGAUCCUCAGGGCCGCCGCUGCCGCCGCCGCCGCCGCCGGCCCCGAGGGUGGCGGCCCCGUCACGUCGGCGAGGGCGAGGCACGCGUCCACGCCGCGGCGGGCGUCGUACGUCACUUUUGACGAGAACGAUAGCUACUACAUCGGCAGGCGGCGGGCUGCGGACGACGACCCCGUCCCGGUGCCCUACUUGGAUGGAAGCAGGAAUGGCGAGUGA